CCUGCAAAGGGCAGAGAGAACAGACACCCACCCAGCUGCAAUGGCCUCUCCAGCUACAGCAGGGGAAGUGCAAGAUGAAGCAAUUUGCUCCAUCUGCCUGGGGUAUCUGACAGAACCGGUGACUAUAGCAUGUGGGCACAACUUCUGCCGAGCCUGCCUCAGCCAGUACUGUGCAGAAAAGGGAGCGGGGACACCCCUGACCUGUCCCCAGUGCAGAGCCCAGUUCCAGAAAGGGGAGUUCAGGCCCAAUACCCAGCUGAGCAACAUUGUACAAAAGCUCAAACAACUGGGGUUAAAACCAGGAAAAGGGCAAAAGGAGGAUCUGUGUGAGAGACACGAGGAACGUCUCAAACUCUUCUGUGAGGAGGAUGGAGAAACCAUUUGCCUGGUGUGUGAGAAAUCCCGGAACCACAAGUCUCACACGGUGGUUCCCAUGGAGGAGGCUGCCCAGGAGUACAAGGAGAAACUUCAGGAAUCUCUGGGCCCUCUGAGGAAGGAGCUGGAGGAAGCCCUGGUGCUGACGUCUAAAGAGAAGGAGAAAACCACAGAGUGGCAGAGUAAAGUGAAGAACAAGAGAGAGAUGAUUGCAGGUGAAUUUAACAAACUGCACACACUGCUGAGAGAGGAGGAGCAGCUGCUUCUGCAGAGCCUGGAGGAGGAGGAGAGGGAGACUCUGCAGAGACUAAGGGAAAAUGUAACCAAACUCUCCCAGCAAAGCUCCUCUCUGCAGCAGCUGAUCACAGAGCUAGAGGAGAAGUGUCAGCAACCAGUUAUCGAGCUGCUAAAGGAUGUGAAAACCACAUUGAGCAGGAGUGAGAAUGUGAAACUCCAGGAACCAGAAGCUGUUUCUACUGACCUGAAGAAUGUGUAUAAAAUCCCGGAGCGCUGCCUGGAUAUGCGAGAAAUGCUGAAGAGAUUCGCAGUGGACGUGACUCUGGAUCCAGACACGGCAAAUCCCAACCUCGUCCUGUCUGAGGAUCGGAAACGUGUGAGACGCGGAGACACAUGCCAGGAUCUACCCAACAACCCUCAGAGAUUUGAUAGAUAUCCCAUUGUCCUGGGCGCUGAGGGAUUCGCGGGCGGGAGGCGUUACUGGGAGGUGGAGGUGGGAGACAAGACAGGCUGGAUUCUGGGGGUUUGUAGGGAAUCUGUGGAAAGGAAGGGGGAGAGCUUUCUCUCACCUGGGAAUGGAUACUGGACCGUGUGGCUGAGGGAUGGGGGAUAUAAGGCCUGCAUCUCCCCCUCAACCCCCCUCCCCCUGAUCGUCAGGCCCAGCCGGGUGGGGAUUUUCCUGGACUAUGAGGCGGGCGAGGUCUCGUUUUACAAUGUGACUGACAGGUCCCAUCUCUUCACUUUCACUGGCACCUUCUCCGGGAAGCUCCGCCCUUAUUUCAAUCCUGGUCUCAACACUGGGGGUAAAAACUCAGCUCCCCUGAUAAUCUGCCCAGUCCCAGCUCAGGCCGGAGGGAAUCUUCGUCCCUGACAGUGACACCGUGGCACAGACUGGCCCCUCCCAGCCCUGCUGCUCUUCCCGCCCCAGUGGUGGGGGCCAGUUACUGCAGCAACUGGACUUUUUGUGCUGACCGGACGCUGCCAGUUUCCCUUUUCAACAGGAGGUUCCAGUCGAAAACCGGACACCUGGGAACCCCCAGCCCCCACCUUUCCCCGUCCCCUGCCCCAGGGGUAGCAGAUGGUGGGGGAUGGGGUCAUUCACUCCGGUCAGAAUUGUCUACCCCUGUGAAAUCUCAAUAUAAAAUAUGAAAGAAAAAAUAUUAUUUUAAUUUAGAAAAUGUUAUUGUAACAAGGUGUAAAUACAAUAAUAUUUUAAUGUACAUUUCAACAGUAUCUCAAAAACAACCAGAUAAAUAUAUUUGUAGAAAUGGAAUUAUUUACAUUUUUUUA